AUGAUGCACCAGUACGUUUACUUUCUUAUUUUUUUUAAUAUUUGUACUUCAUAUACCAAUACAGUCAAUACUCAAACAAAGCCCUACACAGUUACUAAUGUUGCGACAAGAACUUGGACCGAAGCAAUUAUUCUUGCUAAAGAAUUUGUCGCGCAAAUGACUUUAGAAGAAAAAUGUAAUAUGACUGCAGGUGUUGCAGGUCAUUGUGCUGGUUUUGUUACACCUGUUCCGCAUCUUAAUUUCGGUGGACUUUGCUUUCAAGAUUCACCAUCAGGCGUAGGUGAUGGUAUUCAAUUUUCCACGGCUUUUAUUGCUGGUAUUCAGAUUGCAGCUACUUGGGAUCGUGAUCUUUUCUAUCAACGUGCAGCUGCCAUUGGUCAAGAAUUUCGAGGAAAGGGAGUUCACUUUGCUCUAGGACCUAUGAUGAAUAUUGAUCGAAAUGCUUUACACGGUCGUAACUGGGAAGGAUUUGGUGCUGAUCCAUAUCUUACAGGUGAAAAUUCAUUUUAUUAUGUACAAGGACUUCAAGACCAAGGUGUAGUAGCUACUGCAAAGCAUUAUAUUUGCAAUGAACAAGAAUCUAAUCGUACUUAUCAUCCUAAAAUUGGUCCAAGUCAAGGCUAUUCAGCUAAUCUUGACGAUAAAACAAUGCAUGAAAUUUAUUUAUGGCCAUUUGCUGAAAGUGUUGCUGCUGGUGCUGGUUCUGUCAUGUGCGCAUACAAUCAAGUCAAUGGAACACAAGCAUGCCAAAAUAGUAAAAUCUUAAAUGACCUUUUGAAAGGUGAACUUGACUUUCAAGGCAACGUCAUGUCCGAUUGGGGAGCUACAAAAGUUGGAAUACAAUCGGCAUUGAGUGGAUUGGAUAUUGAAAUGCCUGGUCAAGACGGAUUAAUGGGCUAUGCUCUUCUUCAAGCAAUACGAAACGGAUCAGUCACAGAGGCUAAAAUAAAUGACAUGGUGAUUCGUAUUUUAGCACCUUAUUAUUUGCUUGGACAAGAUCUUAAUUAUCCACCUGUCAAUUUAAAUUAUGAUGUGACAAGAGACCAUUAUUUACUUAACCGACAGCUUGGCACUGCCGGUAUAAUCUUACUUAAAAAUACAAAUAAUACGUUGCCGUUUAAUAGAAAUACCGAUAAAUAUUAUUCUAUUUAUGGAUCGGCGGCAAGUCGUUAUAGUGAUGGUGUUGAUCCACAUGGAUUAGACGGACUCGAUGGUGCUCUCUAUCAAGGUGGUGGUUCAGGUUACGUUCGUUCAACUUAUUUCAUUGAUCCUCUCACUGCACUUCUAAUUAGUGCUCGUGAUUUUCAUCUUCAAAUUCAAUACAUUAUUGAUCAAGAUGAUUAUGUUGCCAUUAACCGUUCGUUAGAGAAUAGCGGGUUUUUAGAUGGUAAAUGCCUUGUUUUCAUCAAUGCUUGGUCAUCAGAAGGACGUGAUAGGCAUAAUCUUUUUGCUUAUCAUAAUGGUGAUAAUCUAGUGAAGACGGUAGCUGCUCGAUGCGCUUCAACCAUUGUUAUUGUCAAUAGUGUUUCACAACUUAAUCUCGAAGCUUGGAUUGAUAACUCUAAUGUCACUGCUGUUGUUUGGGCAGGUUUACCAGGUCCUGAAUAUGGACAGGCCAUAGUUGAUAUUCUCUUUGGUAAUUAUAAUCCAGGAGGCAAAUUAGUCUUUACAAUAGCCAAGAAUGAUUCGGAUUAUGGUACCAAUAUUACUGAGACAUAUAACUCGAAUUACACAGAAGGUGUCUUCUUGGACUACCGACAUUUUGAUAAAAAUAAUAUUACACCAAGAUAUUAUUUUGGCUAUGGACUUUCUUAUACGACAUUCUCUUUUUCAACAUUGAUUAUUGCAAAAAUUAGUCAAGAAAAUACAAAUGUACACACAUCGUAUAGACGCCGUCGUAUAUCCUCCUAUAGUAACAGAGCUUUACUAAAAUUCUAUGAGCCUCUUUAUACCAUAACCUUUAUUGUUACUAAUACUGGUAAUAUGAAUGGAUCUGAAGUUCCACAACUCUAUAUUGGAUUUCCAGACGAAGCAGCACAACCCCCAAAAAUUUUGCGUGGUUUUGAACGAGUUUACUUGGACGCAGGUGAAUCGAAGAAGAUGACUUUAGCAUUAACAUCAAGAGAUAUUUCAUACUGGAAUGUUAUCAAUCAAAAAUGGAUUGUUGCAUCUGGAAAAUAUACAGUUUGGAUUGCAACAUCGGCCAAUAAUUCUGAUAUUAAACUUGACGGAUUUUUUAAUAUUUAA